AUGGGAGUUACCGGAGCCGGAACGUCCUCAUCCAUAGAACUGUGCACCGGACAAAAGAUUGGAGUAGGCCAAGGUCUCCGCUCACACACGCAAGAAGUUGGAGAAUUUGCGUUCAUGAUGAGUCCAAGCCUACGGGUUCAUCUGAUCGAUACGCCGGAUAUCGAUGACACAGAUCGAAAAGACACUGAUGUGCUCCGAGACAUCGCUGGUUGGUUAGGCGUUUCGUACAAGAACAAGAAACGUCUAAGCGGCAUGAUCUACCUCUACCGCAUCAUCGACCCUAGGAUGCAAGGAUCCGCAAAGCGCAAUCUCUUCAUGUUCCAAAAGCUCUGCGGUCAAGAGUGCUUUAGUCAGAUCAUACUUGUCACGACUAUGUGGUCUCUGGUUCCGCCAGAGAUUGGUUCUCAGCGAGAAAUAGAGCUAAUGCAAGAAGAAGAUUUUUGGGGCUUCAUGCUCAAGAAAGGCAGUCAGAUCAUGCGGCUCAAAGAUCAAAAUGAUCGCUCUUCUGCAUUGGCCAUUCUCGACACCGUGGUUCGCAAGCAAACGACAAUAACGCUCCAAAUACAAGAUGAGAUGUCUCGAGGUUUGGGACUUGAACAGACUGGGGCAGGACAGCAAUUGAACCAUGACAUCUUGGAAGAGCGGAAGAGACGUCGAAGAGAUAUGGAAGAGCUGCAGCGGGAGAAAGAAGAAGCCUUGGCAGCGGCGAACCAGGAGGCAGCGCAACAGAUUGGCCAACUCCAAGCUGACCUCGCCAAGAAAAUCCAAGCCGGAGAAGAAUCGCAGAAGCGUCUGCAUGCUGAUCUGGAGAAAUUACAGACAGAGCGUGAAGCCGAGAUGAAGAAACUCUUAGACCAGAUGCAAGAGCAGGCGAAGAAAAUGAAGGCCACAGAUGAAGAAUGCGAAAGACUCAGGGCCAACAGUCAGAGCUAUACAACGGAGAUGCAAGAUAAGAUACGUGCGUUAGAAGAAAGCAGGCUAACAGAAAAAGAGAGACGGGAAGCACAGCUUUCGGAAAUAAUGAAGAAGAAGACUGGCGUUCUCUCAGAACUUUCUGACUGGCUUCAAGUGGUUUGGGACCAGGUCUGA